GCGGUGCACGCAAAGGGCGCAGAUACAUUGUGGCCCAACGCCUCGUGUGUAGUCCUCAUUCGGUGAUUUUGUGCAUUGCGCAGUGACACCGAGGUUCCGCCUGACGCAAUUUCCCUUCAUCAAUAGGCUGGAGAGAGGAUAGAGGAGAGAGCUCAAUUCUAGCGACGAUGGAUCUUGUGAAUCAUUUAGAGGGGAGGUUGCUCUUUGCGGUGCCGAAGAAGGGCAGACUUUUACAAGCGGCAUUGAAUCUGCUUGAAGGUGCAGAUAUCCAGUUCCGACGAGAAAAUCGACUCGAUAUUGCGCUUGUGAAGAACCUCCCCAUUGCUCUCAUUUUCCUUCCCGCGGCAGAUAUUCCCACUUUCGUUGGCGAGGGUCGGGUUAGUCUUGGCAUUACGGGACGAGAUACAGUUGCUGAACAUGAAGCCGGAGUUAUUGCGUUGAGAAAGGAACAAGCGGAGUCUGGGAAGUCGACACCACAAGAAGAUGAGGGUGGCUGUGUUGAGGUUAUGGACUUGGGGUUUGGCUCCUGCAAAUUACAGGUGCAGGUUCCUGAGAAGGGGCAAUAUGGAAAACCUUCAGAUUUGAUUGGGAAGAACAUUGGGACGAGCUUUGUUCAUUUGGCCGAGGAAUAUUUUGCUGCGCUGGAGGCGGAGGCGGAAGCGGAAGCCGCGAAUGGGACCAAGUCGAAGAAACUAAAGACGAAAAUUAUUGAAUUGAGUGGGAGUGUUGAGGCCGCAUGCGCCCUUGGUGUUGCUGACGGAAUUGUGGAUCUUGUUGAAUCUGGGGAAACAAUGAAAGCAGCAGGGCUAAAACCCAUUGAUACUGUUGUCUCUAGUACCGCCGUGCUCAUUAAGUCGAAGAAUCCUACGAAUGUUGAUACUGUUGAACUGGUUGCGGCAAGAAUACGAGGGGUUAUUACUGCACAAAAACACGUCCUAUGCCAAUACAACGUCGAGCGAACAAAGCUUGCAGCAGCGACGAAAAUCACUCCAGGAAAACGAGCACCGACUGUGAACGCACUGGAAGGCGAUGGCGCUUGGGUGGCUGUCAGUUCAAUGGUUGAAAAGAAGAAGAUUGCGACGGUUAUGGAUGAGCUGACGGAAGUUGGGGCGCAGGAUAUCUUGGUAUUGGAGAUAGCGAAUACGAGAUGAUUUGACGCAAUAUGGGAUUGCGGAUACCCUAUAGAUCAGUGGUUGACUUUGGGAUCGGACAUGAACUAGAUAGAAAAAAAGUCAAUGGGUAUGAUGAUGCUUUAUCUGUCAGUCUUGACUUCGUUUACUAGAAGACUUUCUACCCAUCGUAUUUUUGUUUUCGUUCUUGCCGUCCUUAUUCUUCGUCUCGACUCUUGCUUGAAGUAGCGGAUUUUCAGCGAUUGGUACGUGUAUCAGACGCCAUUGACAUCGCCCUGCAAAACGGUGAUGUCUCUUGCAUUCUUGCUUGUUACAGAGAGGUGGCGGCUGAAGCCCCAAUAUUUCUAUCUCCUAAGAGUUUAGCUUUCUCAAAAUAUCCUGACUUCGCCUCCUUUUAUGAGAUGACUGCUGCAGCCUCACGGCGAGGAACGCUGGCCUGGGACGAAGAAUGAAUGAUAUUGUAGCUUAGUAUCAACUCCUAGAUUUUAGAAAGAGCAGUUGAACUCUGUG